UUACAAAAUUUUAAAUUGUAUGACCAGCAUCUAUCACAAACAUUCCAGCUCUUGGGUUUACUGAUGUUAUGGGGUAAAAUACUUGAGGGUAGUUGACUGAAGUGAUUAAAAUGAACACAGUAUCAAUAUACUUGAGUUGAGCUGCUGUGUAAAACUUCUUAUGACUAGCUCCACUAGAUGGCAGUAAGCAACUCAUUUAUACUGUAUGCAAGUCCUGAUGUGGAUGAGUGUGGCAGUCACAUGGAAUUUGCACUGAUAGGGGUUGGAUUGGACUGACUUGAGUGUGGUAUGACUGUGAAUUAUAUCCCUGUCUACUGCUUACUAGAAGAUUAAUGCAACAAAGUAAACAAAAUGCUCGAGCAUCUCUCUGACCUCACUGAUACUGACAGAGGGAAAAUUCAGUGCAUCUUAUAGGGCUAUAGUUGCAAGGUGGAAAAGAACAUUGUCUUAACUCUGUGGUAUGGGAGUGAGUCAAUAAUGGAUACACUUGCAAUAGUGUUGCAAUAGUGGAGUCUUAUAUUUGAUAAGUGAAGAGAUUGUAUACUUAAACAAAUAUAUACAGCAUGCAUUUUCAUAGCUAAAGACUUGCUAUUAAAAACCCAUCUACUCUGCAUGUGAACUAAAAGUUAUGACAGUUAUGCAUACCCACUGCUGUCUAGUAUGUGUGGUGAGAUGUGGUUAGUGGUUUACUGCAGUACAAACUAAGUUGUACUCAUAUUUUUGAGAAUAAGGGUGCCAGCAGAGUGCCGAAUGGGUUGUGUUUACAGUAGGGCUCCUUUUAAAACACUAAUUAUGUGAAUAAUACUCAUUAUGGCUUGUUAUCAACCACUGAAGAACUCUCGUCAACUUCUGCAUGUCAAAAAAACAGGAGGUGAACUCCUGCCGCGCGUUGUGUUUUGCAUGUGUUCUGAAACUGUACAGUAGACAAGACAGCCCUCGCGCUUUUUGUGUUUCGAACUGGUCUCACGCGGCAGUGGCAUGCAUGAGGGGAAUCCGAGCGGGCGGGUUUAGUCGACCUAGUUCUGUCCAAUAGGCGCUCAUCGCGGGCGGAGCGAGGAACUUCGAGAGCGAAUAAGAUUGAGCGCCGCGAGCGGCCAGGCCUAGUCUCCCCGUGCUUGAUACACGUGAGCUGGAACAACUAUUGUACGCCGGGAGGCAACGUGCUCAAGCGUUCCUCUCGCCUGAAAAAACGGCACACUCACGUUUUCCGUGGAUUACAAGGAGACUGGAAAAGCCAUGCUGGACUUACUGAUUAUUACAAGAAUCUAAAUCACAGUUCUUAUGAAGAUAUGUAAAGUUCUAAGCCAUUGAAGCUGAUCAUGGCUAAAUAAGUGAUUUGUGCCCAUCUACUUGUGUGUAGACUUUGAACUCACUAUCACCUCACUUGAGCUCAAACUGAUAUACAUUUUUAGUACUUCAGCAAAAACAAACCAGGAAGAAUGACUGUGUUUGUACCUAUCAGACAAAACAAACUGACUGUUCUCCUCGAUGUACGGCACGAGGGUAGGUGUGUCUCAUAAAUAAUAAACGAGCUUAGAGAGAGCGCUUAAAUCUACACCACGCCCCCCUCAAGCCUUGCUCGUUUAUUCCGCGAGGUGUGACGUCACGUGAACUACCCGUGUCCGUUCCAGCUGAGGGAAAGAGAGAGAGGACAGUCGGACGUGGACGACGCGCGGCCCAAACACAGACCGAAAACCCGUGCGCCCGUGACUUGGAUCCACCGGAUGCAAAAAAGUACAGACAGAGAAAGAGGAAACGACCCCUCCUCCCCCCACGACGGACAGCAGAGCGCGACAGCACAGGAGAGAAACACCAAUGCAACUUGUCAUCUGACCAACACAGCCACUGCCCUGUCACUGUGUGUGUUUUAUGCACCCAGUUUCACAUCGGUUGUUUUGUUUUGACGGACGUUUGUUCUGCAACUAUUUUGGAGUCUUGUUUAUGAGUGCCGGAUCAUUACCUCGGAAUAUCACUCUUCAAGUUUACUGAUUUUUGUGCUUCGUGGGUGUACGUGCGGAUUCCAUGGUCAUUUUCUGAUUUUUAUUAUGGACAGUAUUCCUUAUCGUAUGGUGUGACUGUCCCUCCCACACUGAUCUCCAGAGAAUAACAGCUUUCUUUCUUGAACAGUUUUAACAGCGUUCAACUGCAAUGGAAUAUUUCGAUGAAAAUAUUUUUGCAAGGAAAUAAGCAGCACCUCUUAUCGACAAGUGAAAGCCAUCAGCAAGCAAGUCCUAUUGGUAGGUACUCGGUUAGUUCGCCACGCCUCUUCAAGUGCCCCAGGUGUCUCUCUGCGACCCCGUCUGGUCCAGGAUGUCCAGGCAGCUCACCCAGCUUCCGACCCCCGACCUCCCAGCUGGCGCAAGCCCGCAGUUUGGAAGUUGUACUCAGCCUGCAGGCUCCCUCACAGGGGGACAUCUGAACUCCAUGACGGGACUUAAGUCCCUCCUGCAGCAUCCCAUGAAGGGAGACCAACGUUUAAAGAGCCCAUUGGAUGCAAAAGACAAAGACAGACUGGACCUUGAUGAGGACUCCCUGGGAGUGUGCUCCAUGAGGAAUGGCAGUGGAAUUGGCAGCAGUAAUGGCUGUGGAGGAUUAAAUGGAGGAGGAGGAGGUAGUUUCAACCAGUUCUUGGGGCCUCUCUUGUGGGAUCGCACCCUGCCUGCGGAUGGGGGGCUCUUCCAGCUUCAGUACAUGGACUUGGAGGAGUUUCUGACAGAAAAUGGAAUGGGCAGCAUGCAUAACAACAAUAGCUCCAGUUCUGCCCAGAUCCCCUCACAGAGUUCCCAGUCAGCUGUACCCAACCAGAGCUCCCAGUGCCUACCGCCCUCAUCCCCACCUUGCUCCACAUCUUCAUCACCCUCUUCCUCUUCUUCGCCAUCGCUGCUUGGACUGGAAGUGGCUCAACCGCAGAACCUUGCAGGAGGAAGUGACUGUCUUCAUGGUGAGUUAGGGAGUCAAACAAGUAUGAAUGAUUCCUGUGAGUCACCCUGCUCCUCCUCGUCGUCCUCCUGUCCACCCCUGCUGACGCCUACGGGCAGCGGCCCCGACGUGGUUGGAAUGUUUGACAUGGAUCCCGCAGACAUGUCCAGCUCCUCCAGCCAGCAGAACUUCGACCCCAGGAGGCACUCGUUCAGUGAAGAAGAGCUCAAGCCACAGCCAAUGAUCAAAAAGGCUCGCAAGGUCCUGGUUCCAGAUAACAUGAAGGAUGAGAAGUACUGGACAAGGAGGUAUAAAAACAAUGAGGCAGCGAAGCGUUCCCGAGACGCCCGCCGUCUCAAGGAGAACCAAAUUUCCGUGCGCGCCGCCUACCUGGAAAGAGAGAACGCCGCCCUCCGACAGGAAGUGGCCGAGAUCCGGAAGGAACUUGGCCGCUGCCGCAACAUCCUUAGCAAAUAUGAGAACCGCUUGGCUGACCAGUGAUGCUGACGCGGGAAAAAAAACACAGGAAGAGGAGGAAUUUAAAGCUGGAUUGAAUGAAAAAAGACUUUGACGGCAUGAUGGACAGAAUAAGAGAAAUGGCGAUGAUGAUGAGGAAGCUGAUGAUUCUGAUGAUGAAUGUAUAAGACAAGGAGAAGGUUUGUGUUUCGAAGCUCAGGUGUCUUGUUUUGUCGAGGUGUCGGCUCUUAAAAGUGAUAGAUGGAGAGAAUAAUUUAACAGAUGAGAGAUGUGACUUUUAAGAGUUUUGUUAUUGGAGAAUUGUAUAUUUUUAUAAUACUUUAAAAUUUAGAGGGAGCGCAAAUUUGGAGAAUAAUUUUUGUAUAUUUUCUACAUGACGUGUGGACAGAGUAAAGCUAUGGUAAAUCUCUUUUUAUUCUAGGUGAGUCCAGAGAUGUUUAACAGGUGUCAGCCAUCGAUGGGUAGCUUUUUUGUCAGCUGGGUUUUUGAAUCAGGAGGAUGCAGCAGCAGGGGCGAGGACACAUGUAACAAUUGUAAUAUAGAGAGCAAAAAUGAUCUUAUAAUCGUAUAGUUCAACAUUUUUGUGGAUUUUACUCAAGCACUUAAUUAUUUUUCCUGCUCUGUUUCUGUCACUGGGAAUGGGCAUGCUAGGAAGAGAGAGACAAGAGGAGACACCGUGUAAACAGACCUGCACUAUCUUCAACACUUGUCUUGUGCGUUCUUUUUUAAUUAAUAGAACAACUUCACUUCACCUCUUUUUAAUUGAACCCCACAACAAUAUUAGUUCUGUGUACUUUGAGCUUAACUUGAUGCGAUUAGUACAUCCUACUCUAGUCCAUACUUGUACUUUUGACUUCACUUCUCAAUCCCAGUCGAGUGUUUUGAAUCUGGUGUUUGGUAUCUUACCUAAGCAGGUGAAAACCUGCUGUUGUGUUGCCCCCCAGGUAACUCUGCUCCUCUUCACCCUCUCUUUGACUCGUUGGGAUAUUUCUAUUUCUGUCUGCUCUCACUUGCAGCCAAUCCCCUCAGAGCUUUGUGCAAACUCUUCCUCUCCUAUUUUGUCCCUGCGUCUCUCUUGUACCUCCACGGUGCAUGGAGUAGUAAAGAUCUCAGUGUUGUACUCUGAAAUAGUAAUCAAUCGUCCCAGCACAUCAUUACUUUACUGUACUUUAUGAACACACUUUAAUCAGCAUUAUUACAGAGGGAGGAAUGUGUAUAUUGGAGAAGCCUAUGCUAUUUUGUGUAUUUGUAUUCCAGGAGAUGGGUUGUAAACCAUUGAGUGGAAUGGUGUUAAUUUCUCAGAUUUCUGGGAGGAAUAAAAGCCAAAAUUUCCUAUUAUUGAUCCACAAAGCUUGUUGCUAUUUAGUGCUUUUUUCAAUACUUGCUCCUUCUGUUACUGUUAUUACUUUAACUGUAUCUUUAAACCUCUGUGUACCCACCACACCUACACAGGUACACUAUGUUAUGUUCCUGAGGGAGGGAUGAAUAGUAAUAGAGUGUGAUUUAAUCCCCUUUAUGACCAUUACUGCUAUUAUUAUUGUUAUGAUUAUGAUGAUUAUCCCUCUUGUUGUUGCUGUUCUAUAUUAUUGAAUGAUUUUCUUUCUUUGGAUGAACAUGAUCUGUUGCACCUUGAAACAUCUAUGAUCUUCAGUGUUCCUCAGAAAGACUAUUCAAAUGGAAACCACCCUCUCUGUCUGCUAUUUGCAUCCCGUCUCACACCUCCAGACAUUACUCACUUCUGCAAAGGAUCCUGCUGCCACUUUGGUUUCUCUCACCGUGGAUUCACGAGCGUGGCUUGAGAACUCGAACAUGACGUCCAUGCAGACUUGAUUAUUUUCUCACGAUGACUUCCUCUGUUCCCCCAGUGGUGUACGGAUUAUGCACACCAUCAAUAUUUGCUCCUUGUUGGUUGAUUUCCGCCUUUGAUCACCUCAAUCAGUGAUUGUUUGCUCCUCCAACAGGAUUUAGUCUCUUUAUAUCCUCACAGAUGUGGUUGGUAAAUCUUCUAGUGACUCUUAAUUGAACUACAACUGCCCUGCUGCAUCAGUGGUGUCCUUGGUGCCCAGCUCAAUCUGUGCUGGUUAUUUGGAUGUAGUCGAGAUUUUUCCAGAUACACCAAUAAAAGAUUGUUCUCA